UGGUCACAACGUCCCCCGUGCCAGCUUCGGGGUGAGCGGCCUUUCCCCAAACGCCUGCUGGAAAUUUCCAGAGACAUCACAGCAGUCCCGAAACAAAAAGCUGCUGUGCCUCCCCGCAGGCGCUGCAUUUUGGGAUCUAUUGCUCCUGGCAGACACGCCAUGCUCUGCUUCACCGACCGAAUUUUAAGCUUCUAAAUGCUGCAUUAUUGGAAGGGUUGAUAUUAAAGUUAGUCCCAGCAUCGUGACUUUUCCAUCAUGUCAGAACCUAUCACGCUCAAUGUUGGAGGAAAACUCUAUACCACCUCUCUGUCCACUCUGACUAGCUUUCCAGACUCCAUGCUGGGGGCCAUGUUUAGUGGGAAGAUACCAACCAAGAAGGACAGCCAAGGCAACUGCUUUAUUGACAGAGAUGGCAAAAUCUUCCGCUAUAUCUUGAACUUCCUACGAACUUCUCACUUGGACCUUCCCGAAGACUUUCAGGAAAUGGGCUUACUUCGACGGGAGGUGGAUUUUUAUCAAAUUCAGCCGCUGAUUGAGGCCUUGCAGGAAAAGGAAGUAGAGCUUUCUAAAGCAGAGAAAAAUGCCAUGCUCAACAUCACCCUUGAUCAGAAGACCCAAACUGUUCACUUCACUGUCCGAGAAGCACCCCAGAUUUACAGCCUGUCUUCCUCCAACAUGGAAGUGUUUAGUGCUCAUAUCUUCUCUACAUCAUGCCUGUUCCUGAAGCUUCUGGGUUCCAAACUUUACUAUUGCUUCAAUGGAAACCUUUCUUCAAUAUCCAGCUACCUGCAGGACCCCAACCACUUGACCUUAGACUGGGUGGCAAGUGUGGAAGGCCUUCCUGAAGAGGAGUACACCAGGCAGAACUUGAAGAGACUCUGGGUGGUGCCAGAUAAUAAGCAAAUCAAUAGCUUCCAGGUGUUUGUGGAAGAAGUGCUGAAAAUAGCCAUGAGUGAUGGUUUCUGCAUAGAUUCUUCUCAUCCACAUACUUCAGAUUUCAUGAAUAAUAAGAUUAUUCGCCUAAUUCGGUAUAAGUAGGAAUGGCUGUUUAUUGCGGUGCAGGAAGCAUGGAGAUAACACAGGUUCAGUGUUUCCCUUUAAAACACACAGCCUAAUUCAGAAUCAUGCUUAUCUGGAUUAAGAGUCACUAACAAGGAGAUGAUUUUCCUUUAAUGUACUUACCAAUACGACCUUUCAGAAUAUGUCUGUAUUCUAGAUGGAAGCAAUAUUGUCUAGCGCCUGAAUUAAGGACUGGUUCUGUCUCUGCUGCCCCCUCUGACCUGCUGUACAGUUGUGGGGAAAAUCACCAAACUUCUCUCCUUUCUACUUUUCCCAGUCAGAAAAUGGAAGUGAUCCCUAGCCUAUGUUGCAAGGGGAUGUGCGGGUUCAGUAAUCAAGGUUUGGAAUGUAUCUGGAGAACAGAUGUGGUGAAAGAUGCCAUGGAGCUGCAGUGCAGGAGACAGCCCUAGGAACGAAUUUUCCAUGUCUUGUUGUAUCACCUGUGUGGAGCAUUCAAGAAGCUUGAUUGAAUCCACAGAUAAGAAGCCUCCCUCGUGCACUCAAUACAGCUGUAAAGGAUGGUGCAAACUGCAAAUGAGUAAGGGAUCCCAUCUCCCUGGGUUCAACAAAGGACUUCUCUCACCAUCUGAAGUUGCCUUGUGUUUUUUUUCUGAACCCUGUGAGGAAGCCCCUGCUUUAUUCUGCUUUCAGGGAAGCCAUGUUGGAAUACUGUGACUGGCAUGGAGAACAACCAAGGAAGCCAUAGAAGAGAGAAUGGUGUUCUUACAAACAAAGAAGAUUAAACUUUUACAUUCCAAAGGCAUCCAAGACAACUAGUCCUUUUCUUUCUCUUGUAGUGUUAAUAUUUGUCUGGAGGAUGCUGCUGAAACUUUCUGAGAUGAAGACAGAUUUUGGGGCAGAGGCCCCCAAAUGCCUUCUAAGCAUUUGAGCCUCUUCUGGCCUUCUUUUGGGCACAUCUCCCUUCAACAGUGCCUGGAGUGCAUCACAUGCUCUCUGGAUAGGAUGGAUUCCAUUUGAAAAGACAACAUUCUCAUCAGGUUACACCUAGUAUUUUUCAUUACAAAAUCAGAGGCUCAUUUUUCCUAUCCUAGUACACUGAGCCUUUUUUUUUUUAACAUCCAUGUAAAAUGGUCAGGUCACUAAAUAGCAUUUUCCUCACUUGUUUGGCUUCAGUGUCAGGUUGCCAUAGGUAAGGCAGUGGGAAUCCAGAGGUGACAACAAUGGUCACCUACACACCUGGUCUGUGCUAUAAUGAAGAUUAUAAUUCAAUAGCUGCAUAUUGUCUCUAAACAUCAUUUGUGCCACAUUCAAAAUGGUUCUUUCUCAGCUAAUUAUGUUUAAAAGUAUCUUAACUGUAUUUCCCUAGCCAGAUGGCUAUGAGUACAUUAGAGACCCUCUGGAACAUUUUCCGGUGUCUUUAAUGAGAUAAAAGGGAAAAUGCAAUAACCAAGUUUUGCAUUUAGAAUUUUAGCACUUCCAAAGGUUCUUAGCACAGGGCUGCAAAGCUCUGUAUUACUCAUGUUCUUGUUUCCCAAAGUAACUAGUCUGUCAUUACAUUAAGCUGACCUGUGAACAAGCAUAAAGAAGCUCUUUUUCUUGUAAAAAACAGUGAGAUCAGUAUAUUUCUAAUGUCCCAAGCUGUAACUGCAUGAACAACACAAAUCAGCAUGCUGAUGGGAAAAAUACACAUUCUGCAGCUCUUGUCAGCCUGUUACAGACCACUGCCCUUUGUCUGACCUGGUGCUAAACCAGCAUGAUAUACGUGGGACCAUGUUGCCAGAAAGUACUUACUGGGCUUGAAGCCCUCAGAACCAUUAAACCUGGCAAAUACUGUGAAUUUUAAGGACUGCAGAAAGGAUUUUGUGGCCAGAUUCUGGCUUGAGUCACCAUAUUUAGCUUUAGUUGCACAAGGAAGAACUUUUUUUUCCCCCUCAUCCGUGUCCUGAAUUAUAAAGCAUGUGUUUGCCACUCAGCUGGACAUUCACAGAGAUGACUGUGCUGUUAAUGUGAUUAUGAUCUGUAAAAUGAACCCUCCUUGAUCAAAUCUA